AUGGCGCCGCACCAGACCCCCGUGGACGACACCGCCCCGGCCACCAAGCAGCGCGUGGACCUCAUCAUCUUCGCGGCCCACGUGAUCCCCGUCGCGCCGCGCGACGUGGUGCUGUCGGACCAUGCCAUCGUCGUGGACAACUCGCGCAUCGUGGCGCUGCUGCCCCGCGACGAGGCCGCCAAGCUGUACGAGGGCGCGCAGGAGCGCCACCUGCCCAACCACAUCGUCACGCCCGGCCUCGUGAACCUGCACACGCACUCGCCCAUGACGCUGCUGCGCGGCCUGGCGGACGACAAGCCGCUGUGCGACUGGCUGACGCAGGACAUCUGGCCCACCGAGGGCAAGUUCGUGGGCCCGGCCUUCAUCCGCGACGGCAUGACGCACGCCGUGGCCGAGAUGCUGCGCUGCGGAACCACGUGCUGCAAUGAGAUGUACUUCUUCCCGGAUGAGGCCUGCGCCGUGCUGGAGCAGACGGGCUUCCGCGCCGCCGUGGGGCAGAUCGUCAUGGAGUUCCCGGGCGUCUACGGCUCCGGCCCGGACGACUACCUGGCCAAGGCCGCGCCCAACCUCGAGAAGUACGCGCCCGGCUGCCACGACCUCAUCACGACCACCGUGGCCCCGCACGCGCCCUACACGGUCUCGGACAAGAGUCUGCAGCGCGUCGACGCGCUGGCCCGCGAGCACAAGGCGCGCGUGCACAUCCACCUGCACGAGACGGCCAGCGAGUGCUGCGACAGCGAGGCGCUCAACCGCGCGUCCAUGAGCUGCCACCAGAGCGACCAGAAGCUGCGCCCGCUGGCCAACCUCAAGCGCCUCGGCCUGCUCUCGGACCACCUCAUCUGCGCGCACAUGACGCAGCUCACGCCGGCCGAGAUCGACGAGGUCGCGGCCGCCGGAGCGCACGUGGCCCACUGCCCGUCGUCCAACCUCAAGCUGGCGUCGGGCAUCGCCCCCGUCACUGAGAUGCUUCACCGCGGCGUGAACGUCGGCAUCGGCACGGACGGCGCCGCCAGCAACAACUCGCUCGACAUGUUCGCCGAGAUGAAGCUGGCCGCCAUCCUGGCCAAGGCGCAGACGCUGCGCAGCUCCAGCGUGCCGGCCGUGGACGCGCUGCAGAUGGCCACGCUCAACGGCGCGCGUGCUCUGGGCCUGGACAAGGACAUCGGCUCCAUCGAGGUGGGCAAGCGCGCGGACGUGAUCGCCGUCGAGUGCGACAGCAUCGAGAUGAUCCCCAUGUACAGCGCCAUCAGCCACGUUGUGUACGUCGCCGGCCGCGAGCACGUGUCGGACGUCUGGAUCAACGGCAAGCACCUGCUGGACAACCACAAGCUCACGACCAUCGACGAGACGCAGGUCAAGCAGACUGUGCGCGAGUGGGCCGCCAAGAUCUUCGCGCACCGCACGGAGCAGAAGACCGAGGAGUAA